GGCUGAGUCCGGGGGAUGCAGCUGCAGGGUCGUUUGGGCGUUGGGGUUCGGGGACCGGAGCCGGCGGAUGGCGAACGUGCGGGUGGCCGUUCGCGUGCGGCCACUCAGCAAAAGGGAGACUGCAAAUGGAGGAAGAAUCAUUAUAGAAAUUGAUGACAAAGUGGCCAAAAUAAAGAAUUUAAAGGUGGACAGCCGGUCAGAUGGCCCUGGAGGCUCGAGGGAAAAGGUUGUGGCAUUUGGCUUUGAUUACUGCUACUGGUCAGUCAACCCAGAGGACCCCCAGUACGCAUCCCAGGAUGUGGUCUUCCAGGAUCUGGGGACCGAGGUGCUCUCGGGAGCAGCCAAAGGCUACAACAUCUGCCUCUUUGCUUAUGGACAGACGGGCUCAGGAAAGACAUAUACAAUGAUAGGGACCCCGGCCUCCUUGGGGUUAACACCACGGAUAUGUGAGGGCCUCUUCUCAAAGGAGGAUGACUAUUCCAACCAGCCUUCAUCCUGCAGGAUAAGAGUAAGUUUCCUAGAAAUCUACAACGAGAGGGUACGAGAUCUGCUGAAACAGUCUGAUCAGAAAAAGCCCUUCACCCUGAGGGUCAGGGAACACCCAGAGACAGGCCCUUAUGUACAAGGUUUAUCUCAACAUGUGGUUACCAACUCGAAGCAGAUAAUUGGUCUCUUGGAAGAAGGUGUAGCAAAUAGAAUCACAGCAGCUACCCAUGUUCAUGAGGCCAGCAGCAGAUCCCAUGCCAUCUUCACCAUCUACUAUACACAGGCUGUCCUGGAGAACAACCUCUCUUCUGAAAUUGCCAGCAAAAUCAACCUGGUGGAUCUGGCAGGCAGUGAAAGGGCAGACCCCACCUAUUGUAAAGACCGGAUCACUGAAGGUGCCAGCAUCAACAAAUCCCUGGUGACUCUGGGCAUUGUCAUCUCCACCUUAGCACAAAACUCCCAGAUGUUGGUCGGUUACCAGAGCCUGAAUAACACAUCCAGUGAGGGUGGAGACAGUGGAAGCCUCAGCUUUUCCUCAGUGGCUGGCAGUAUUGGGGGAGUCACUAGAAAGCAGUCAUACAUCCCCUAUCGUGACUCUGUGCUGACCUGGCUGCUGAAAGAUAGUCUAGGAGGCAAUUCUAAGACCAUCAUGGUGGCCACUGUGUCUCCUGCAAACUCCAGUUACAGUGAGACCAUGAGCACCCUGAGAUAUGCAUCCAGUGCCAAAAAUAUCAUAAACAAACCACACGUGAAUGAGGAUGCAAAUGUAAAACUAAUCAGAGAACUUCGGGAAGAAAUUGAAAGAUUGAAAGGCAUGCUCCUGAGCUUUGAACUGGGGAACUUGAGUCCCUUCACGGAUGGAAGGAAUGGAAACCUGAAGGAGCUGGUUCUCCACAAUGAGAUGAAGAGAGACCAGCUCUCCAAAGACUGGACCCGGAAGGGGGACGGCUGGAAGGCUCUCAUGGAGCAGUAUAACGUCGACAUCGACAAGAAGAAAGUUGGCGUGACGAUUGACUCCAGCCUGCCACACCUCAUGGUCCUGGACGAUGACGUGCUGAGCACUGGGGUUGUGCUGUAUCACCUCAGGGAAGGGACAACAAAAAUAGGAAGGAUUGACUCUGACCAAGAGCAGGAUAUAGUCCUUCAGGGUCAGUGGAUAGAGAGAGACCAUUGUACCAUCACCAGUGCAUGUGGUGUGGUCACGCUUCAGCCUGCCCUGGGAGCCCGCUGCACUGUCAAUGGCCAAGAGGUCACUGAGUCCUGUCGCCUGACACAAGGAGCUAUUAUAAUUCUGGGGGAAACCCAGAAAUUCCGUUUCAUUCACCCAGAAGAGGCUGCUGCGCUAAGGCAGAGGAGAUUGCUAGGAGAAGUCUCUGCUGGAGGCAGCAGUUGCUCUCUGGAGUGGCUGGGUUUGGACAGUGAUGUCACCGCCCCUCAAUUGGAGAUUUCCUCUGCGCUUGAGGAUGACAGGAGAGUACGGGAAGUUGUUCCUAAAGCAUACCACCCAAAGCAACUGGGCCAAGCAGCAUCCCACAGGACACAGAUUCACCAACAGAAACGGCUUGUCAAGGAUUUAAAGCAGGAGAUCUUGGUUGGGCAGAUCAGAGCUGAGCAGGAACUGGAGUUUGACCAGGCUCUCAUCAACCAGCAGAUCAAAGACAACCAACGAUGGCUGCUCAGAGAGGAAGGCCGGUUGGCCAGCCUGCAGCAGCAGCAGCAGCAGCAGCAGCAGCAGCAGCAGCAGCAGCAGCAACAACAACAGCAGGAUGGCGCCUUACCUGGGGCAGAUCCUGAGGUCUUCCAUGAAGCUAAAUCUCAGAUUGGACCAGAGAUUUGUUCAGCUUCACUGGACGGGGGUCGCAAGAGGCUGGUUCAGCUCCAAGUCCUCUGGAGGAAUGCCCUCUGGGCAGCGGAGCGUAAAGUCAGGCGCAAUAAAGUCAAGUUUCAGUUGGAAAGGAUUGUCAAAAAGCAGAAACUUCUGGAAGCCCAGAAGAAGCUCGAAGAGCUUGAGAGCCUCUGCUGGGAAGACAACUCGAGCCAGCCUGCAGGGUUGAACCUCAGUGUGGAUGCCACCUUUUCUGCUUUUCAAAAAAAUAGCAGAUCUUCCAGUAGUAGCAGCUCCUUGGGCAACCAGAGACUCUGUGGCCUUCCUCUGUCCCCCUCACAAAGUGUUCUGAAGUACAGAAUUCCUGCCAAGUUAUCAGCUAAAACCAUUCACUACACAGCAGAGAAACCUCAAUCAGAGGAAUAUCUCCUUCAAACAACUUGUGUUCCUAGAGGAAGUGCAACCCCAUCAAAUGACUCUUGCCCUGUAACCCCAUGUCAGGUCUGUGAGGGGAGGAGAGUGUCUUUUGGGGAAGACCCCUCAGCCCAAGGGGCUAGUCCCACCAUGAGUCCCAAGAUUGCCUCUGCCACGGACAGGAAGAGUCAAGAAAUGGGCAGGAACAAGCAGCUGGCACGGCUACAUGGAAACCUAGUCUCUGUAGGCCGAUCAGCAGAGCAGCUCAAAUUGAGGGAGAAGCCCAACUCCCUCAUCCCCAGCCCCCGAAUAGUCAGGGAAAAACCGUCUGGAAGCCAUGGCCAAUUACGGCGGAGGUGGCGAAGAGAAGGGGAUCUCCUGACAAACCGGGCCUCGCGAGGGAAUGGCAGCAGCUCCCCACACCCCCAGGGAACCAAGCGAUCAGUCAUGCGUGGAAAGGUUCAAACGACUCGACUGCGUCAGGCUGCCUGGGCCUUAGAACAGUGGCAGCCUGGCAGAGCAUCAUUAGCCAGGGCCUCGGUAUGGCCACGGGGGCAUCUUUUUGGCAUGAAGGACAGAGACAAAAGGUUCCUUCAUAACUCUGUGAAGGGAGAGGGGGAUGAAAACACCUGGAACACGAAUGUCCCGACACAGUCCUCCUCCAGCUCUCUGGGAGCCCAGCCUCAGGAAAAUGAGAAUGAUUUUUCUGACACUGACAGUACCUACUCUCUGGAUUCCCUCUCCUGCACCUAUGUCAGGACCCUGAAACCAGAAAAGCAGGAGGCCCCCCAGCUAAAGCCGCCCUGUACAGAGCCUGAGAACUCAGAAAGCGACGAUAGCCAGAUGUCUCAAGAUUCACUGGUGGAGAAAAGGAACAGAACCCAGAGGAGACUUUUGCCCUGCUCUCCCCUACUGCAAGCCUCUGAGAGAAGUGACGCUUGGCCAGUGGCCUCUCCGAAGGCCUUUUUGCCGCCCCCUGUCACUGGGCUGCCCUGGAAAAAGGUGAGGACCUUUUCUCUGGAUAGUCUGAACAAUGAAGAGGAGGCCUCGAGGGAAGAAUCUAAAGAAGGGUCGACUUCUCACUCAUCAGAUGAAAUGCCUGCAGAGGUCUUUUGGAAAAUGAAGAGCUCCCGGUCCCUCACAGCAUGCCAGGAGAAGGUACUCGAGUUCAAGGCCUCGGACCAAGAACCAGGAGCAGCCGGGCCCGAUGUGACCCUGCAACCCAGUGGUUCUUUUUAUCUGGUUCUCCAGCCCAAGAAAGAGAGAGAAGAAUGCAGACCCCUCCAACAGACACAGCACCCGAGAAACAACUCGUUGGUCUCCAUGGACUCUUGGUUCUCCUGUGAUUCAGGAAGCAAUCCCACUGGCUCCCAUGAAGUCCAAGGACAUAUCGAUAUUGAAGAAGCAGAGAUCCAAGUCAUGGAGAAGCCUGAGGACCUAGUUGAACAGGAGGGAUUACAACAGCCAACUCCUGAGAGAACCACCCGGGUCUACAGUUUCAGUCACCGCCAAGGCCCGGCCCUGGUCCCCGGCAGUACCAAUGAGGGAAGCAAAGAAUCUUCUUUGGAUGUAUCUUCAGAGGCUACGAGGAGAUCUCAAGGACCUCGCAGACCCGGAUUAGAUGCAGCUGUCUCCCCGGAGUCAUUUCAUAUGGAGGGAAGAGGACUACCCAACCUGGCUGGGUACUGCAGCCCUGUCCCUUCAGACAACACUCUCACCUCCAGCAUGUCAGCUGCCCCUGCAUCUUUAUUGUCUCACAAAGGCAGUACCCGUAGAAAAGGCAGGCCUAUUGUUGAAUAUCCAGAUGAAUUUUCUCACUCUUCCCUGGGGGCCACAGUGAAAAGCACACAAGUUUCUAGUUCCUCUCAGAAGGACACAAGUUACCUGCCCUUUACAUCUGGUAAAAGAUGGGAUUCCUUCUUCCCUGCAUGUCCCAAGAUGCCUGGUGAUUUUGAUGUCAGUGGUCCCUCCUUCUCUUCGUCAUCAUCCAUGAGGAAUCUGAGAACAGAGCAAGAGCAAGAUGGUGUGAACCUUGAGUUGGACGACCUCUCAACUUUCUUUAGAACCAUAGAAAAAGAUGCUUCUCAUAGCUAUUCCUCAGCCGACUUUGAAGGCAGAGACUCAGGGUUAGAAAAUGCGUGGGUCUUUGCAGCAGAAAACAAGGUUCCAUCUUCUGUGACACCGGUGCACCAGCCACCUCAGGGCAGCUCCAAGCAGCCACAGCCUGUGGUCUAUAGGAGAGCAGAGUCAGCGGGCUCCUUUGAUGAGAGCUUUUUCCUGAGGGACAUAUCCAACAGCAGCAGCCCCAUGAAUGCUAAGGAAGAUCGGGGUCCCCCAUCCUGGGCCCAGCAAGAACAGAAUCCACCUGCCAAGCUGGCUCCCUUAAAGCUCGAUGACACGCUCUCCCAGCCAGUGAUGAAGGCAGAGUUCCUGCAGAGCACAAAUGAAGACAUCGACAGAGAAAGGAGUUUUUCUUUGGCCUUGCCUUCGGACUCCCAGCCAUUCCCACCCUGGGAUCCUUUCCCAUCCCCUGAGCAGCUCCAUCCCUUGGAAACAUUUUAUGUGUUAGAAAGUAGAGAUGCCUUGACAGAAACGGCGUUGGAGAUUCCCGCAUGCCGAGAGUGGGGGGAGGACAUGCCACCUACCACCAGGGUAGAAGGUUUGAACAAUACCUUUCAGCUUCUCAGAAAUUUGGACAGAGACCUGCUGCUUUUAUUACAUACCCCGAAUUCUAAGAAUCCUGCAUCUCAGCAAGUUGUGGCAGAGAAGUCUUUUAGCCCGGGCAACAGGAAAGACCUGAGUGGAACUGGGGUCCCCCAAAGCAUGGAAAAGUACAACAAUCCCAUCUCUUUCUCUUCCGCUCAGAAUAGACUGUUGCUGGAGAGCAUUAGCGUGGCUGCGUGCCAGUUAGGAAAACCAUCUGGGCUUUUAAAUAACAAACACCCACAGUCAUCACUGAAGGUGAAAGAAAAAACCUUGGUUCAGCCCCCUUGGAGUGUUCCAUUUAAUGAUUCUGGGGCAAUGAUGCAUCUUCCAGUCAUCUCUAGCGUUGAAGAAGAUUGUGAACAUAGGCAGAGUGGAAAUAACCUUCAAGGGAAGCAGGCAGGCUACCUCCUGGAGAUUGGUGCCGCUGAGUUUGAAAGGCAGAUCCAUUCUGGACCCAGUUCCAACUUCAUUUACAAAACUGACAGCUCGAGCCAAACUCAACAUAGAAGCAAUAUGCAGGAGAAUGUUUUAGUUCCUAAAAAGCACAGCUUAGCAAGCUGCUCUAGGUGUACGAGUCCAAUGAUAAUGGUCAAGGAUGAAACCUUGUCUCACACAAGGGAAGGAACUGAAUCUGCUUCUCUUGGAAUGGCUUCGCAUCCCAAGGAUUGCUCAGGAGAACUCAUGCCUCAUAGAGGAGACCACUCUUAUGGAAAAGACUCUGCUUCAAACCUUCUGCCGGCUGUGCCCCCCAAGGAAGAAGGCCCUGUUGCAAGCAAGGAACCAGAGAGCUUAAUGGUGAUACCCAGUUCUCAAGGAGAAAUGUCUCGAAGAAGAAAUCAGGCUUCCUCUCAAGGUAAAAUUGUUAAUCAUUCUGAAGAAAUGGCCAGGCUGAUUAGUAGUGUAUCACAACUGGAAAGCAGCAUCAUGGAAAUAGAUUCCAGGCAAAAAUAUCACCCCCGCGCUUUGUAUAUGGCAGAAGCCUAUAGAAGAGCUAUGUGUAGGGACAGGAAGGACCAAGGAAAGGCCCAUCUCACUCUGAGACCAAAUGACACCACAGAUAAACCCCAUUCUUCAAAGAAGGCCCAGGAGGAAGAAGUUUUCCCAAAUAGCCUUGAAGCCAGAGGAAUCAAGGAGGUCAACAGUAGUGUUCAGGAGAGUCAUCAGGCCCAGAAAAUCACACCAAACCUUACCAGACCCACUGAAUUCCCAGAAGAGGACAAGAUUGAAAGAGAACAUACUCUCUUACCUGUACCUGAACCAUCGGUCAGGUGCCCAAAUGAUUAUUUGUUCCUAAGGUUUUCACAAAGAUGCACUGGUCAGGAAAACCUCGUCAAUGCUCCACAAAGUCCUGAGAUAGUGGAGCCAUUGGCCAGAAUCGAGCCAUUGAGAGCCGAGGAAGAAAAGGCUGUGGGAAGCUGUAUUGAGGAAUCUGCCUCAGAACUGAACCCCCAAAGUCAUGCCACUGGGGGGACAGGAAGUUUUCCAGAAUUGGAGCCCAUGGCCAGUUUCCAGCAAAGUCGGGGUGCUAAAAACCUAACUAGUACUGUGAUAACAGCUAAGUGCAGAAAACCAAGAGUCCAUGACAUCGAUCAAGAAACAAAUGCUUUGCAAACAAAAAUCCCUCCAGCUCCAUCAGCCCAGGAGUUACCUGGCAUGAGCCGGAUUGUGGGUACGGGCAGAUAUCACACUCAGGAGACAGCACAUCCAUUGUCAAGCCAAGAAGGUUACCCAGGGGCUCCCACUCAGGAAGAACCAGGCAACUUCUCUUUCUCCGAUUCCCCAAAGCUGUCAGAAAAGUAUCUCAGGAUGACGGCAAAGUCAGUGAGCUUUUCUUCCACUGACUCUGAGUCAGAGCUAGAGUUUCUGAAAACGCAAGCCCCCACCCACAUAGAAGGCAGAGUAGAACAGCAAAAAACUGAUGCAGAAGCAAGAAACCACAGAUCUCUCAGAAGUAUUAGCUGCAAAAACUCCUUUGUAGAGCAAUCACUUUGGCAGAGUUUACAAUUGAGAAAAGCGUCUGGCCUCUGUUGUCAGCCCGAUGGUGGUGAGGGUAUCCCAGGUGAGCCUCCAGAUGACAACUACUCUGUGGAAGAGAGGAAAGCAUCAGCUAAUGCUGUGCUCCUAGAACAGCAGGGAGGUGACACCAGAAUCACCCCUGAGGAUUUGAACCUGGGACAUGCAUCUCUCACUGAGGUGAAGGUGACCUUGUUAAGAAACAUAAAAAGAGCUGGUUCACUUAACCAAUGCUCACUGGAGAAGAUGGCCAGUCGCCAGCCAGAAGACAGUGAUUUCCAAGUACUUCAGGCCCUAGAGAAGAAGACGUGGAGGACAGAAGAUUUUGCCAUGGAUCUCAGUACAACCAGUGCCUCUUUGUCAUCGAGUAAUGAUGGAACACUGGCUUCGUCAUCAGAGUUUUGGGGGGCCUCUGCCACUCCAUCUAUGUAUCCAAAAGUGAAUGUAGAAACCAUAGUGGAGGACACUAAACUAUCAGAGGAGUGUGGGAAGUCCUCAAAGGACAGCAGUGGUGAGCAGAUUAUUGUGCCUAAACUGACCAGGGGCUCAUCAGAGUUUGGGAGUGCCUCUGUCACCCCAUCCAUGUAUCCAAAAGUGAAUGUAGAGAACAUACUGGAGGAUAUUAAAAGACUAUCAGAGGAGUGUGGGAAAUCAUCAAAUGAAAGCACUGAUGAGCAGAUUAUUGUGCCCAAACUGACCAGGGUCUCAUCAGCAUUUGGGGGGGCCUCUGCCACUCCAUCCAUGUAUCCAGAAGUGAAUGUAGAAUCCACAGUAGAAGACACUAGACUAUCAGAGGAGUGUGAAAAAGCAUCAAAAGACAGCAGUGGUGAGCAGAUUAUUGUGCCUAAACCGACCAGGGGCUCAUCAGAGUUUGGGGGGGCCUCUGUCACCCCAUCCAUGUAUCCAAAAGUGAAUGUAGAGAACAUACUGGAGGAUAUUAAAAGACUAUCAGAGGAGUGUGGGAAAUCCUCAAAGGAAAGCACUGAUGAGCAAAUUAUCAUGCCUAAACUGACCAGGGUCUCAUCAGGGUUUUGGGGAGCCGCUGCUAACCUAUCAGUGUAUCCAAAAGCAAAUAUAGACACCACAGUGGACAUUAGACUAACAGUGGAGUGUGAGAAAUCCUCAAAGGACAGCAGUUAUGAGCAGAUUGUUGUGCCUAAACUGACCAAGGGCUCAUCAGAGUUUGGGGGGGCCUCUGCCGCUCCAUCAGUGUAUCCAAAAGCAAAUGUAGACACCACAGUGGAGGACACUGGACUAUCAGAGGAGAGUGAGAAAUCCUCAAAGGACAGCAGUGAUGAGCAGAUUAUCAUGCCUAAACUGACCAGGGGCUCAUCAGAAUUUGGGGGGGCCUCUGCCACCCCAUCAGUGUAUUCAAAAGCAAAUGUAGAGACCACAGUGGAUGACGUUAGACUAACAGUGGAGCGUGACACAUCAUCAAAGGACAGCAGUGAUGAGCAGAUUAUUGUGCCUAAACUGACCAGGGGCUCAUCAGAGUUUGGGGGGCCCUCUGCUGCUCCUUCCAUGUAUCCAAAAGCAAAUGUAGAGACCACGGUGGGGGACACUGGACUAUCAGAGGAGUGUGAGAAAUCAUCAAAGGACAGCAGUGAUGAGCAGAUUGUUGUGCCUAAACUGACCAGGGGCUCAUCAUCAGAGUUUGGGGGGGCCUCUGUCACCCCAUCCACGUAUCCAAAAGCAAAUGUAGAGACCACAGUGGAUGUCAUUAGACUAACGGUGGAGUGUGACAAAUCAUCAAAGGACAGCAGUGAUGAGCAGAUUAUCAUGCCUAAACUGACCAGGGGCUCAUCAUCAGAGUUUGGGGGGGCCUCUGUCACCCCAUCCACAUAUCCAAAAGCAAAUGUAGAGACCACAGUGGAUGUCAUUAGACUAACAGUGGAGUGUGACAGAUCAUCAAAGGACAGCAGUGAUGAGCAGAUUAUCAUGCCUAAACUGACCAGGGCCUCAUCAGGGUUUUGGGGGACCUCUGCCACCCCAUCGGUAUAUCCAAAAGCAAAUAUAGAGACCACAGUGGACAACAUUAGACUAUUAGAGGAGUGUGGAAAGUCUUCAAAGGAUGGCACCAAUGAGGCUUUUUCUGGGACCCCUAAGCAGCCUCACUGCAACCAGAGAGAUCAGCUAGAGUUAGCUAGGACUCCGGAUGAAGAUGAGUUACAAGUGCAUUUUAUGCAAAAUAAAUCCACAAAGGGGCACAUCCAGGGGGCAUCUCCAGGUACUGCAUCAGGAAAGCAGCCUGAUAAGAAUAAUCCACUGGCAAAGCUGUAUGUGGCAGAUGGUCUCCAGUUAAUGAAAGAUGCUACUACGCCUAGCAGAGAGCCAGAACGUGACUCAGUACUGUCCUUCAGCACCAUGACUAGCCCAGGCAUUACCAAAUCCAGACAUAUGCACACAGCAGGUGAGAAGCUGACAGGGGACUUUGAUCCUGAAGCCUUCUCUGAAAGCUCAGACAGGAAGGAAGAGAUUAUUAGGUCAUCUCCUGGAGGUCUUUGGGCUGCAACAAGCCUGCUUUUCUCAUCAGCCUUGAAGGAGAACAAGAGGGAUGAGCCAUCACAGCAGCAGCUGCUUACACCUCUCCAUGUCAUCUCUGACAGCAGAGUAAUUCAACAGGAACUGAACCAGUCCUUGCCAUCUAAACAGAGAGAGGCAUGUUCACAGGUGGAGAGAACUAGCCUAGGGAACAAGGAGAGCAUCCGCAGGGCUUGGGAAAGGUUCAGAUCUCAAGGCACAGCUUAUGAGAGCUUGUGUGGUGGGGACUUGGGCAACUCUUCAGAGGCAAUGGUUGACCUACAAACCCAUUGGGGAACUUCCAUUCAAUCCCCCUGGAAAGACGCCCCUCUCCAUGCAGGAUCUGGGAUAUCAGCUGCCGAAAUGUCUUGUGUGAUGGCGAAUUCUACUCUGCUGUGGCCUGUUUUCAUGUCCCAAGGAGGCUUUCACAUCAGAGAGCAGCCAGUCUCUUGUGAGGCAGAGGUAGUUAAGGCUGAAGAACUGCCAUGCUUUGACAAUCCAUUGGCAGCCUUGGACAUCAAACAGCCAGGAAGUCUUCCUGCUCAUCCAAGAUGUGUCCAUUCUCCAGUAUUAGGACAAAGGAGGGCAAGUCACAAACAAGAUAUGGUCUCCUCUGAAACAGUAGAGGGAGGCAGUACAGGGGAUGUCCUGACACAGUGCCCAGAUUUGAAAGGGAUUACCCCAUCCGGGCAGUCUGUAGCCUAUGGUGUUGGUAGCAACUGUCAAAGACCAACUUCCCUCCUUGAUCAAAGUCUUACCCCAGAAUUUGUUGGGGAGAUGGAGCACUGCCCAGAAGGAAGCCUGGUUCAAAGUAACCUAGAGACUUCUAAAAGCAGUGUUAUAUUUAGACCAUCAGCAUGCCAGCGAGGGACCGUGGCUUCUCUUUCCAGGCCACCAUGCACAUCUCAACAAGGCGUUGCUUGGAUCGAUUCGUCAUCUUUGACCAAUUAUCUGUUUUCUGAAAGUAGGGAUCCUGAGAAGCGGCUUCCCCGGUCAGCAUCAGACACCAUGCUCCCAGUUUUCCUGGUGUCUUCCAAGCUCAAUGCAGGCUGCCAAUCCGGAGAGCCCAACGUACCUUUGGCACAUAACCUAGAUCUCAGAGACCAGCGAGAACUGAGACUGGCAGCUUCCAACACCAGUUUAUUAAGUACAGAAAGCCCUGGCAGAGAAGACAUUAAGAAGAAAGUCACUAUCAAGCCUGAAAUGACUUCUUUACCUGUCAGGACCUAUCCUGAGAAGUGGGAGGAUCUCCAGGAGAAGCACAGAGCUAGUCAGGAUGAAUGGGAAUUCCCUCCCGGUACUGAGUCAGGGCACCAUGCAGCAGCAGGGAGGCUAGAAGCAAUGCGUGCAAGCAAAGGCAUUCUAGAGGCUGAGCCUAUAGUUGGGCCUCCACACAUUAGUUCAGGAAAUUCUGGUGGGCACCUUGCCCAAGGACCACCAAAGGAUCCCAGAGAUCACAGUAUCCCUAUUCCCUACCCUAGGACAAAAAUAGGUAAAAAGUGUAUCUUUAGCAACCUUCCGGACAUUCUGUGGAAGAAGGAUGAGAAUGAGAAUGAGCAGCUCUCAAGCGAUGUUGGCAACACUGUGUGGGACAGAACCAGUGGUCAAGCCAGCCCCUGGGGAUCCAGAGUUAGCCUGAGGACUGAGGGAAAGGUAUCAAGGUCUGAAAGACUCAGAUUUCUUUUGAAGAGAAAUGAUGGCUCUUGUGAUGUGCAGGGACCUUGCCCACUGCCAGAGGGCUUACAGGAUAAUCCUGAUAGCAGCUGUCAGUCUGUUGCUUUUUCCUUUAGCCCUGAACAUUCUCUGAAAGACUUCCCCACCCUGAAGCUCUCUGUAGGCACUUCUCUGCAGAAGCUGAACAUGAGCGUGGAGCCUCCUUCUCCCACAGAAGAUGAGGAGAGUCGUGGGACCGAGAGGCUGUACCUCAGUGACCUCUCCCAAGUUGAAUCUGAAAUGAUGAUGCCAAUGGAAUUGGGGAAAUUUCCAAGAUCUGCAGAUUGUGGUGGUCAGACAAUUUUAUCAAAUUACAACUCAGAAGCCCCCAGCCCCCAGCCCCUAGAGCCUGCCACUGCUCCCUACCCAGUCUCUUCGACUCUCUCGGCUGUGCCAGUCCCAGAAGAUAGAUCAUCAGACAGCCAUCCCAAGAACAAAAGCUGGUCGGCAUUGGAGAAUGUCGAUGCGAUGCAUUUCACAUCUAGUGAUAUAAACCCCUUCCUUCAAUCCUGGAAGCAGGAGGGGCCUGGGAGGAUUGGCUGGAAGCAAUAUGGGUUUGGCAGUGCCAGUGACAUCUCCUGCAGCCAGAUUUCAUGGAGUCUAGAAACCCAGAGAGCCGUUCGUUGCUCCAGUGUAGACAAUGGCCCGGACACUCCAAGCUCUCCUUUCCAUUCUCACCUCAGUUCAUAUGCCAACACCCAUGGGCUGUCCAGCACCCUCAGUAGCAUUGAGGAUCCUCAUGGCGUGGAGGAAGAAAGGAAGGCGUACAAGGCUUCUGGUGUUUUCAGGAACCGGCGUGGUUUCUCUGAUACAUCCGUGAUAGCACCCUCAGCCAGGAACUUAGACAAGGGGAGUGAGGGCCUACCUGAAGACAGCAAACUGCCUCAGGAUGAGAGUGCUUCCCUGGAGCAGGGGAGUGGCUUGGGGCAGAUGGAUGACAUCGAGCCGCUGUCCCCUGCCAAGUCUGAGUCUUGGCCAAAUACCAGCAUAGCCACCUCUGAGCAGGGGACGGUGCCCCCAGCUCCGACUCUGCCACAGCAGAUUCACGUGCACUGUCAGGGCUGCGUGGAUGUCACUCACCCAAACCCAGAGGCUACUGCCUUUAUGUCACACCCACCUCCAGCGGCAUGGACCAACAUGCAGAACCUGUCGAUGCACCUUUCUCAGCUCUUACACAACACCUCGGAGCUGCUGGGGAACCUCACCCAUCAGGGGACAGCCGAGAGGGAGCCGUGUGUGAAGGCCGAGGUCCUCGAAGAGGCCCCCAGGGCGGUGACCGUGGACAGCAGCACUCAGACCACAGUGGAUGUGGGCAUCCAGACUGAUGAGAUGAACCUGGCCCUACAGGAUGUCUCCCUCCAUUCCCCUGCGGAGAGCAAGUUAGCCAGUGCUCAGGAAGUAAAUGUGACUGCUCCAAAAUGGAGCACCAUGGGUGGGAUGGAUGCCCUCGACACUCCUCAGGAGAAGGUGGACCACCCCCCGGAGCUUCAGGAGAAAGGGUCUGAAGACACAGGUGAGGAAGAUCAGACUUCUUCCAGCCCUGAGAGCCAGAAGCGUGACGUCACUCCGCAGAACUCCUCAGGUACCUCCCACCAUAGCCUCGGUUUUCAGAAACACUCCCCAACCCAGGACCAGUUAAGUCUCCAAGCUUCCUCUGCUACCUCUCCAACCCCCAGUUCCCAGACGGAUGGCUCCUCUUGCACAGCGGUCACUAGCCCAACUUCACACACUGUGUCCUCUGCCAGAGGCUCGUCUCCUCAGGAAGGAGGGUCCCUUAAUGAAUCCAGAACCCAGAAGGACAAGAAAGCAGGUUACAAGAGCAUCCUGUUGGUGGACAGGGCUUCUUCCCCUAUCCUAACCCUCAGUGCCAGCACUCAGGGCCCCCAUUCCCCUUCCUCCAAUCCUCCUUGCCUCAAGGCUUCACACUCUCAUUCCACCAUAUACCAUCAGAAGCCCGGAGAUGCCCACGUGACCCCAUUGAACGAUUCUUCCCAAGCCUGCGGUGAAGGGGAGACCAGGAAUAUUUCUGGAGAUAGUGAGCAGUCCACAGGAAAGAAGGUGAUCAAAGGAUCUCCCACAUGCAGCCCCCCUGGGACCUUGCGGCAGAGCCUGUGGCUUCAAGGCAGCUCGUCCUCCAUAUCCACAGGACCCUUGAAUCACCCCCAGCAGUUGCAGGUGCGGGCCUCCUUGGGGCUUCUGGGCUGGAAAGAACAACUGACUGGUGGAAAGAAACAGCACAGCUCCUGGGAGAGGCCUUUCUACCUGUCCCUGCCCUCCGCAGGGUUGAGCCCCACUGAGGGCCAGUCGGAAGCCUCAAACACCAGUAACUUUGUGGCGGAGGUGGCCUUAGAAGCGGCCAGCCCGGUCCUGGUUCAGCUGGCUAGCCGGAGCACGAGUUGGUGUCAGAAGAGGGUGGGCACUGGCGCUGACUCCUCAGAGCAGCUCUUGAAGUCCUCUCCCCCUUCGGAGGGCCCCUCCUGGGGGGGAGCUGUCAACCAUUGUCCUGGCCCUUUCUCCAUUUCCGAAGUCAGCGUGGCUCCAGGACUUGACAGCAUAGCCAGGGACAGCCAGUCGGAAGUCCUGCUGAGGUCCUGCACCCAGAAGGCCCUGACUUCUGAGCCCAGGAAUUACACCCUGAGGGACCUUCCCAUCCACAACAAGUUCAGCAACUGGUGCGGGGUUCAGGGGCGCUCCCCAGAUGGGAUUGUCCCUGUGGAAGAAGUGAUGAAUGUUGACAGCACCAGUUCUGAUGGGCUGGAGGAGAAACCGGCUCCGCCCUGCGAGCACCUGAACCAGGUGCCUGAGCAGCUGCAGAGGGAACAGAUACAGGUGCUGGCUGGGGUCCCAUUGGAACUGGGGCCGCAGACACCACCCCUCAGUGUAGAGCUGGCUGAAGCCAAGCUUCUCUAUGGCCUUGGAGAGACUGACGCUCUGCUCAGGGUGAUGCAGAGUGGAACUGGAGAGGCUCUGGUUCCCAUCACCCCAACGAGCUCACACCGGGAAGAAAUGUACUUUCGGCACUUGAAGACCGUUGAGGUGAUCCGGAGAGAAAGGUCAGAUCGACUUCAGAACUUCCGUCGGACGCGCAGCCUCAGCCCUAUGAAGCAGCUCAGCCUCCUGCCCACCUCAGAAGCACUCAUCCGAGACCCUGACCUGCCUAGCCGUCGGCGAGAAUACCUGCAGCAGCUUAGAAAAGAUGUUGUGGAGACCACUAGGAACCUGGAGUCUGUGUCAGAUGCCCGAAGCCACCAGCCAUCUGACAUAGAGGUGCUGCUCCGAGACUACCAGCGGGCCCGAGAAGAGACCAAGAUGGAGAUUGCAAGAGCACGAGACCGGCUGCGGGAACGAGCCGAGCAGGAGAAGCAACGCAUCCGCCAGCAGAUAGUGUCCCAACUGCAGCGGGAAGAAGCCAAACUGCAAACCCUGGUCAGUGUGAGCACCCUGUGCACCACGAGCUCUGUGGACAGCCUCUCCUCCAGCCCUACCUCCGGUUAUGAUAGCAGCAACCUAACUUUAGCAAGCCAGAGCCAGCCUCUAGACAAGCAGGUGAAUGCUAACUUAUCUUGCUUCAAAGAGACCACUGGAGGGGAUGUGCGGGGCCGUUCUCUGGUGAGAAACCAUCAGCUGUACCUGACCAGGCCUGCACAGAAGCCCUUACGUCUCAAGCCUGGAGGCGAAAGCCAUUGCAGCUCCUUAGAUGGCCCCCCGAAGUCCCUUAUCAGCCAGUCGAACUCAGACAGCUGCCUCUCUACCUCCCCAGGCACCCUCUAUCAUGAUCUGGUCAAGCACAUCCUGGCAAGCACAAUGGCUGAAGUGAUGGCUGCCUGUUCCGACAACCUCCAAAAUCUCUUCAGCUGCCAGGCCACUGCAGGCUGGAAGUACCAGGGUGAAGAAAAGGAUGUGCUAACAUACUAUAAGGGGUUUCCCUCUGCUACUCGGCAUGGUUUCUUGGGGGCUGGGGUGGUGCCUCAGCCCCUAGCUCGAGUCUGGGCAGCUGUGAGGGAUCCUACCAUGUGGACCUUGUAUGACAAGUCCAUCCAGACUGCCCAGUUGUACCAGAGGGUGACCAGCUCCAUCAAAUUGGUGUACCUGGUCAGCAAUACCUCGACGAGCUGCCUGAAGCAACCCCGGGAUUUCUGCUGUGUCAGUGCUGAGGCCAAAGAGGGGCACCUGAGCAUUAUGGUAGCUCAGUCAGUGUAUGACAAGUCAAUGCCACGGCCCAGCAGAAACAUGAUCCGUGGGGAGAUCUUGCCCAGUGCCUGGGUCCUGCAGCCUUACACUAUGGAUGGGAAGGAGGUUACUAAAGUCAUUCAUAUGGUCCAGGUGGAACUGGGGGCUCCAGGCCUCCCUGCUGGGCUGCUGACUCACUGUGCCAAGCAACAGCCAUUGGUAAUAGCAAACCUGGCUUCCUUUCUCUGUGGUUAAUACCAGACUCAGAGAUGGUUCUACUGAGACAGGCCCAGAAGGUGGCCAUGAAAAGACCCUGUAGCAGAUUUAUGGCACAGCAUGGAGAUGAUGGGCCGCAGCGACAGUGGGAUGGGGUAGUCAGCAGCUCAGUCCAGAGUUGUUGGCAAAUAAACACGUUGCCACAUGUGGCCCCACUGCAGAAUGAGGGGGCCUGAACCUCGGCCCCGGCCGUGCAGUGAAGGAGCCACUUUUUCAGACCUAGUUACCUCUGCGUCAGUGGCCCAAUCAUAUUUUGAGCCUCGUAAAUAGUCCCGUCUCUCUCUGCCCCCUCUCCUCUCAGCCCACUCCCACAACUGCUUGUUUGGUUUUUGAGCCUGCAGACCAGGCUUGGCCCCACUUAACUGAGUGAGGAGAGCUCAGUGAAAGGGUGGGGAAGGGUGGCUUUCCCUAGUGAGGUUGGCAGACUUAAUGACCACGUGUGGCUUGGGAAAGCAGGUAUUGGCAUCCAAGGCCCUGCUUCCUGCAUUUAAAGAGGAAAGGAAUGUGGUAGGGAUGGGAUGAAGCCCCUGAGAAACUAGAUAGAAUAAGAGCUUUGAAGAACAGACAUGUUCUCACCAGGAAGACAGUUCAGAAUCCAGUCUUAGACGUUGAUAAAUUUAUGCUAAUUUUAUUAAUUCCUCUCCCCUCAAUCUUCCUUCCCUCCCUUUCUUCAUAGGAGAUGAGUGGCUUGUUUCCAGGGCUCUCUCCCUGCCUGUUCACUUUGGGUAAUGGGAUCAGUGUCAGGCAGAAGGGCUUCUCUGUAUUCCAAGCAGAAAAAACCCUGACAGUCUUCUGAUAUCCCUCAAAUAGAUGCUCAUUCUGCUUUAAAGCAAUGGGCUUUUAUUAAUAAUCAGUGUGGGGCCCUCAAGCAGGCAGAGUGGAGUCCUGGUC